AUGCAAUUCUCCCGCCUCGCCGCCGCCGCCGUGCUGCUUGGCAUCACCGCCGCACAGGUCCACACAGAUUGCCAACCUCUGAACCGCACCGACUGCCCUGCCGACCCAGCGUUUGGCACGAGCCACCUGUUCAACUUCAACGCGACUCCCUCGUACGAUCUAUGGGAGACAACCGUCGGCAGCGUCGACUACAAUGCCGACACCGGCGCCGGCUUCUCCGUCAAGAAGCAGGGCGACUCGCCCACCAUUCGCUCUAAAUUCUACAUCUUCUGGGGCCGCUACGAAAUCAGCCUCAAGGUUGCCCCCGGCACGGGUAUCAUCAGCUCCCUCAUGCUGCUGAGCGACGACUUGGACGAGAUCGACAUUGAAUUCAUGGGCGCCAAUGCCACCCAGGUCACCACCAAUAUCUUCUCCAAGGGUGACGAGGACGACCACUCUUUCGGAAAGGAGCACGUCAUGGCUGGUGGCAACCAGGACGACUACCACACGUACAUUGUCGACUGGACCAAGGACAGGCUGGAGUGGUCCAUCGAUGGCAACGUGAUUCGCACACUCGCCUACAACGAUGCCAAGAACGGCGACAAAUUUCCCCAGACCCCUAUGCGAAUGAACAUUGGUAUCUGGGCUGGUGGUGAUCCCUCGCUUCCCCCGGGCACUAUCGAAUGGGCCGGCGGCAAGACUGACUACGCCAAGGGUCCAUACACCAUGUUUGUUAAGAGCCUUAAGAUUGAGGACUACACCAAGGGCGCCAAGGAGUAUUCAUAUGGAGACAAGACUGGCAGCUAUCAGAGCAUUCAAAUCAAGGAAGGUAACUCGACGGCUUACAACACCAUCAACAAGCCGCCUGCCUCAAGCCCUAUAGAUGGCUGGAAAAAUCUGUCGCCUACCGCCAAGAUUGGCAUCUACUCAGCGAUUGGAGCCGUCUCCGCUCUUGCUAUCGGUACCCUCCUCUACUACUACAUCAGACAGCGUCGACUCGGCGCUGCUGAGGCCCGGCUUGCGGAUGAAAAGAGCGACGCCGAGCGUAUGGAGCUUGAGCAGUUCCGCAAAAACGGCGUCAACCCCGACGGUUUCCGAGAGCAUGGCCAAGAAAUCGGAGAAAAGGGCGCAUACUUGGCUCCAAACGACACCUCUGGCAACCCGUUUCAACAUCCCGACGACUCCCGCCCCGGCUCCCGUAACCCCAGCGUCCCGAAUCUGGCCCUGGCCGGCGCUGCGGGUGCCUUUGCUGGCGGCGCCAUGGCCGCCGGCCACGCACCCAGCCACGCCGCACCCGGAACGCCGACGUCGCCUCGCAGCGGGUACAACUCGCCCGGCGCGGCGCAUGCCGGCUUCGACUUUGGCGUCCCUCCCUCGCCCCGCCAGGUAUCGCGCUCGCAGAGCGACAUGAUUCCGCCCCGGGCGCCGCAGACGCCCGUCGAUCAAAUGCGCUCGGCCACGGCCGACCCGUACCGCCUCGGCUCGCCAGGUCCCCCGCAGGCAUACGGCUUGAACCGGAUGCAGAGCCCCAUGGGCCAGCCGGGCCAGAACGGCUUCAGCACAAGGCAGAGCCCCGGUCCCAUGCAGCAGCAGUACGGCCAGUUGAGGUCGCAAAGUCCUGGUCCUGGUUAUAGCGGUGGAAACUACCCGGCCUACCGCGGCCAGCCUGGUGGAGGCAGCCAGUGGAACUAG